AGGCACAAGCAGAAGGCAACAUGCCCGGAUGGUAUGCCUGUCAGAUGCUACCGGAUCCAUGUCUGGUCUUUGGAGAAGUGCGCAGGGCACCAUCAAUGCCAUGAUACGCCGCAUCAACGAAAUUGGUGGAAACAAUUUCGAAAUUUUGUGGGUGGCAUACCGUGACUAUAGUGAAGGUGGCAGAAUCCUGGAGUCUUCUGGAUGGGCUGCAGAUGCAAGCCAAUUGCAGAAUUUCGUGAAUGGAAUCCAUUGUCACGGUGGUGACGACUGCGAGGAAGCUGUUGAACACGCUUUGCAACUGGCACGAAAUGAACAUCGCCUGAAAACCAUCUCCCGUGUGAUCCUCAUUGGAGAUGCACCUCCCCACUUUGAGAAGAAAGGCCAAGUUCUUACAGGCCACCCAGGAGUAGUGUUGGUCACGGACUACAUGAGAGAGGCAGAGGAACUCCGAAAGCUUGGGGUGCCUGUGCACUGCUUCCGGGUCGGAAACCACGAGGGCACCAAAGAGACUUUCCAGAGUAUUGCAACUGCAACAGGUGGACAGUUUUCGGACCUGAGUCCUGAUGCUUUGAUACAUGCCGUGUGCACAAACGUCUUGAUGGACAUCGGUGGGGAAGAACUUGUGAUGGAGUACAGGGAGCGAUUCCAGUGAUUCAGAUGUCGUCAGCUUGAUACUGAUCACUGGAAACUGGAUGAUGGCAUGUACAGACUUCAAAUCUGGGCUCGUCACACGCCAGCUGCUUGCUGUUUUGUGAUUGAGACUCCAGCCGUUCAAAGGGCCUCUUCUCAUGAUCCAACCUAUGUUGUGC